UUUGUUUUGUUUGUUUUGGGUUUUUGCUUUGUUUUGUGUUUGUAUUUUGAUUUUUGAUAUUUAUUUGUAUUUUGUAAUUUUGUAGUUUGUAUUUUUCGCCCCGGCCAGUCCCAGUGAUUUUGUCUUUGAGUGUUCAGUUUAUUUUUUAUUUGUUAGCUAUGGAAUCUAACAUAGAAAUAAUUAAAGAAGAGUCUGUUGAAUGUGGCCAAAGUUACAUAGAGCAUCAGCUAUUGACAUCAACCGAUCUUGAGGGCAUAGAGAAUGGACCAGCAGCUAGGGCAGUAAAAGCCGAAUUUAAGGAAGAGUUCCUUGAAAGUAAUCCAAGAUAUAUAGAGGGUCAGGUAUCCACCUUACUUGAUGUGAGACAUUUAAAGGAUGAGCCAGAUGAGUAUAACUCAGAUCGGGCAGUAAAAGCAGAAAUUAAGAAAGAGUUGGUUGAAGAUGAUCCAAGAUAUACAGAGAGUCAGCUAUCCACCUCCCUUGAUCUGGUAGACUUCAAGGAUGAAGACACCUCAGGCUUUCUUGAAGAGGAAAACACAUCGGAAAUUACGAAAACAAUUGUUCACUCAUGUGAUACAGAACAACCUAUGUGCCGACAACCGAACCAACCCAUAGAAGAAAAAACAGUAAAUUGUAAUAUUUGUUUUAAGCAGCUUGCCAAUAGAAGUUCAUUAAACAAACACAUGCUAGUUCACACAGGACAAAAGCCUUACAAGUGUGAAAUUUGUCUAAAGCAGUUUACUAAUAAAAGCAGUGUGAACACCCAUAUGAAAGUUCACACUGGUGAAAAACCUUACAUGUGUGAAAUUUGUUUCAAGCAGUUCACUAAUAAAAGAAACUUGAAUUACCAUAGGAACUUGCAUACAGACGAAAAACCUUACAAGUGCGAGAUUUGUUUCAAGCAGUUCACUGAUAAAAGAAACUUGAGUAACCAUACGAAAAUUCACGUUGGCGAAAAACCUCACAAGUGUGAAAUUUGUUUCAAGCAAUUUACUCAAUUGAGUAAUUUAAAAACACAUUUAACGUCGCACACUGGAGAAAAACCUCACAAGUGCCAAAUAUGUUUUAAGGGGUUUAUAUAUAAAAGUUUUUUGGUUAAACAUACCAUGGUUCACACUGGCGAAAAACCUUACAAGUGUGAAAUUUGUUUAAAGCGGUUUGUUCAUAAGAAUUUUUUGGCUAAACACACAAUGGUUCAUACUGGGGAAAGACCUUAUCAAUGUGAAAUUUGUUUCAAGCAGUUUAUUGAAAAAAGAAAUUUGAAUAACCAUACCAAAGUUCACACUGGCGAAAAACCUCACAAGUGUGAAAUUUGUUUCAAGCAAUUUAUUCACUCGAGUAAUUUAAAAACACAUUUGACAUUGCACACUGGGGAAAAACCUCAUAAGUGCGAAAUUUGCUUAAAGUCGUUUACACUUUUAAACACUUUAAAAGCACAUAUAAGAUUACAUACAGGGGAAAAACCUUAUAAGUGCGAAUCUUGUAUAAAGUCGUUUACUCAUCUGAGUACUUUAAAAGUACAUAUGAGGUUGCACACUGAGGAAAAACCUUAUAAGUGCGAAAUUUGUUUAAAGGAGUUUGCUCAUAAAAGUUCUUUGGAUGUACAUACGAACGUUCACACUGGCAAAAUCUCUUACAAGUGCGAAAUUUGUUUUAAGGAGUUUACUUGUUCGAGUAAUUUAAAAAGACAUUUGAGAUUGCACUAAGGGGAAAAACCUUACAAGCGCGAAAAGCAGUAUACUGAAGAAAGAAAUUUGAAUAAUCAUACGAAGGUUAUAAGGGAAAAACCUUAUAAGUGCGAAAUUUGAUUAAAACGGUUUAUUUAUAAAAGUCUUUUGGUUAGACAUACGAAAGUUCACACUGGUGAAAAACCUUACAAGUGUGAGAUUUGUUUCAAGCAUUUUUAUGAUAAAAGAAAUUUGAAUAACCAUACGAGACUUCAUACAGGCGAAAAUCCUCACAAGUGCGAAAUCUGUUUUAAGGCGUUUGUUCAUUUAAGAAAUUUAAAAUUGCAUAUGAUAUUCCACACUGGCGAAAAACCUUAUAAAUGUGAAAUUUGUUUAAAGCAGUUCACUCGUGCACAUAAUUUGAAAAUUCAUAUUAAGUCGCACACUGGAGAAAAACAGUACAAGUGUGAAAUUUGUUUUAAGCAGUUUUCUCUAAAAAAUAAUUUGAAAACACAUUUGAAACUGCACACUGGAGAGCAACAUUACAAGUGUGGAAUCUGUUCCAAGCAGUUUACUUAUAAAAGUUCAUUGAAUCAACAUACUAAAGUUCACACUGGCGAAAAACCUCACAAGUGUGAAAUUUGUUUUAAGCAGUUUAAUCAUACGAGUAAUCUAAAAACACAUUUGAUAUUGCACACUGGUGAGAAACCUUAUAAGUGUGAAAUUUGCUUUAAGGAGUUUAGUCAAAAUAUUAACUAUUAAAAUACUUUAACAAAAUAUUAAAGUGAUGUAUGAAAAGUUAAUUGAUCUAAAUUGUCCUUUACCUGUCAAUUUAAACGAAAUUCUUUUUCCAAAAAAUAAGCAGACGUUAAAAUGUCUUUACGAAUAUGUAACGUCCUGUAAAUUUAAAUUUUAAAUAGGAUUAGAUAAUAAAAUUAAAAAUUGUAAAAAUAUCACACAAAAUUGAAAAAUGUAUUCAUUAAUAUAUUAUAACACCCUGUAAAUUUAGAUAAUAAGUAGGCUUAGAUAUUAACUUAAAAUUGUUAUUGUAAUACCAUACAAAAAAAACAAAUAGUCUGGCUAAUCGGCUAUGUCAAAGCCAUUAAUAAAUAAAAAAAAAAAAAGGA